UAACAGAUACCAUCCAGGUAACAAUAAAACACUAUAAUGCAUAGUAAAACAUUGGCCACGGUACUAGUGGUUGUGGUUACCCUAAUGGGUGCCGAUGCCAUUUUGGACCAAGUGAAAAAACAUUUCCCCAAAGCGGCCCUCAAGGCGUACGAGGAGGGCGUCCAUCAUGCUGAGAAAAUGGGCAGUAAAGUGAUUGGAGAGGGCUUUAAACACCUGUGCGAAGGGGCUGAGAAAGGCGCCGGACAUGCCAUGAAAAUGCCUAAAUGCGAUUCAGCGCACGCCAACAACGAAUUCUGCAAAGCAAUGGCCACGGGUGCGACCGGGGCUCAAAUGCUGUGCCAUAUGGCGGCCCAAAAGGGCGAGGAGUGGUACGGAAAGGCCGCCGGUUGUCUGAAAGAGCCUAAGGCUAAACAGUUAAACUGUAUGUCUGUUUGGUAUGAAGAGAUGAAAUUAACCGCAGAAACCAUUAAGGCCGGCGCAGAGGCGGCCGGUUAAGUGCCAAGGUCAUAUUCCUGACCAGCCCUUCCCACCAACGAAAUUGUAUUAACCAAUAAAUGUUGAAAUAAAAUGCUUACAAUGAUUAUA